AUGGCUGACGUACUGAGACGCACCCCGCCUGGCUUUGUGAUUACUGAAUUUUCAAGCUUCCCACCAAAGAACCGUGCGGCCAUCGCAGAAAAGGUAGCGAAGCUCGAGAAAAAGGUCUUUCCUGCGAUUGAACACUUCAAUUAUGACGUCGAGCUCAAGAAGAAGAAUAUUGGGUUACUACUUGUCUUUAAAGAAAGUGACGCCGACACUCUGGCCGCAUACCUGGUUUACCAGCGGAUGAAAAGGAUAGCGUGGCUCCACAAGCUUUGUGUCGUUGAGCAAGAGAGGGAGAAAGGUCUCGGCAAAUCACUCAUCCAUUCCCUUCGCCGCCACAUGGAAAAAGGAGGCUGCCAUACCAUCUUCUUUGCUGUUAAGUCUACAAUAUUUGUACUCUUGCGCGAGGGCAGGCAGGGCGACACUGUUCUCCCUUACUGCCGCGACCCCUCCAUCCCAUCGUCUCACAUUCUUGAGCUGUCUUUGUGCCCAGAAUUUAAGGUUUUCCCCGCCUCGACACGAACACGCGUUAUGAUCGUGAUUGCAAAUUUGAAGAAGAUGGCUGAACCCGGCAGAAGGCCUUUUAGUAUGGGUGCUCCUUCAUCCGCAUGGUCAGACAUCCUCUGGACUUGUACUGAUGGCGAAUUUACGUGCAAUGGUGAAGUUUCUCGCCUAUAUGCCCUUUCUACCGCUAUUGGCAUGUGCGACUCCGCAGUUGCGCGCAUCGGGGCGCCUUUUAGCUUCCAAUUUGCACCCACCACAUUCUCAUCGACUUCUGAAAAUCUACAAUACUCCCUGGUUGGAAACCCGUCAUGGUUAUCACUAGAUGGCGACAGUCGAACACUUUCGGGAACACCACAGUCCGACGAUAUUGGGACUGCAAGCUUCAAAAUCAACGCAGCAGGGCAAGGUGGCGCGGUUGCGAGCAUGGACUCUCAACUGCUUAUUUCGGCAGCUGAUGAGCCCACGGCAAAGGACGAUGUCUCAGCAGCGUUGUCAGCUGUAGGUGAGGCAUCUAGGCACAACACCGUUACUGUCAAACCAUCGAAACCUUUCAACAUAUCUUUCCCCUCGGAUACAUUCGAUUCGCAUGGCAUAGCACUGUCAUACUUUGCGCUGCUGGAAAAUCGUACACCACUGCCAGCGUGGAUCAGUUUCGAUUCUUCUUCAAUUAGCUUUGGCGGUACCACAUCCCCAACGACUUAUCCGCAAACUAUACAGAUGGUUCUUAUCACCUCCGAAGCCCCUGGCUUCUCUGCUUCCACAGUUUCGUUUACUAUGGUCGUCAGCGAGCAUACACUUGUGUUCAAGCCUUCCAGUCAGUCCAUUAACGUAGCUCAAGGACAGAGCGUACAAAUAAACGACCUGAAGAAAGAUCUCUUCCUCGAUGGUUCAAACGUUGAUGGCAAAGAUCUCCAUUCUGUAACUGCAGAACUACCAUUUUGGUUAGGUCUCAACAACGACACAAUCACGAUCACAGGGACAGCGCCAACUCAGUUGAAGUGGCAAGACAUUGUUGUCACUGCAAAAGCCCAAUCUGGAGACAUUGCUGAGUACACUGUUCACGUCAACGUUCAGUCAAAGACCACUAUGGGUGACGUUGGACCCCUCAAUCUUACGCUCGUUCCCACCAAUUUUACCCCACAGGGCGUCCAGUGCUCGCUGAGAGCAGUAUCUGAUCAGGGCUCCAACACGGAUUCGCAGACUUUCCAAAUUAUGGUAUCAAAGGCUGCAACGACUGACCCUCAGAACACCCCUGGUAGUACGAACAGUUGGGAGCAUAGCAAUGACAGGCGGAAGACGGCAAUCAUUGUAGGCGCAGUCAUCGGGGGAAUCUUUGGUGUUAUAAUACUCGUCGCAUUUGCGGUUUGCUUGAAGCGCAGACGAAGGCUUGCCAAAAGUUAUGUCAGCCCAAAGCUGCCCAGGAGCCCAAGGAAGUCCGAAAUUUCCCAGCCAAUUUUCAUGCCAUGGCAUGAGUGUGAUGAUACUGUUGAGCAGAAUGAUGAAAAGAAUAAGGAGAACCAUGAUCCAUUUGUGUCACGUACGCCAGAGCAUCCGCCCCGGCUCGAUCUCAAUCUACCUAAAUACUGUUUCCACGGUUCGGUUGAUCUAAGCGGAAACAACCAGCAAUCAACGACCACUACCAACCGACACCAAUCAGCCAUGGCUGGGACUCACACUUCUAGAUCGCAUACACACAGUCCUCAUCUACUAGAAGAACGUGAAGAUGGCCACUCACUAGCUGGCCCAAUCGGCGACGACGACAUGAGGACACUCGAUCACUUUCAGACAAGUUCAUUUGGCAUCUACGACGAUACUGCUCCAUCACAACAUUCACCCGACUCGAUGAGAAUACCUACCGAGCUGGCGAAGCGGGCUUCGCAGUCAUCUGAUACUUUUCGAAAGCACAAGCGUCGAACAACAACCGUGCAUCAAGACCAGAUACACCGCAGUACCGGGUUGCCUGUCAAUCGACGCAUUACAGAGCACGGGAUCCAACGCAACUACGCGCCGCACGAUGUUCGCGUUGUGCCUGCAUCAAGGCGUUCUAGCUUUGUCGGUGGGCGCACGGUGGGUGAAAAGCGCAACUCGUACAUUCGAAAACGGGCAUCAAAUCAGUCUCCCUUCUUCAGCGCCGGCGCGCGUGCAUCAACAUGUAGUUACAAGUCGCCUCCUGCUUUCAUCACCGAGGCUACAUCUACGCCCCGAAGCCCGCUGUCGCCGAGGAACCGCAACACAGUGGUCAGACCAGAUGACGAUGUCGGAGCAGGAGCAGAAAAGGAUAUAACUGAUACACCAAAGCUAGGGGAACUCUUCGGCGAUCAAGCUGGAAGCCCAAAAUUCAAGUUCCCAGGCAGUCUCCGGAAAAAUCGUGUCAACCGACCCCAUACAGCGACAUCACCCCCUCGUGACCGGGUUGUCAAGAGUUAUGUGCGACCAGGGACCGCAAUAUCUUCAGACAGGGGUAGUAUUGUUCGACGAGCGAGCACCCGACACAGUUUUCGUGUAUACGACCUGAAGGCCAGCCUUAAUGACCUCACUGGCAGCAAAGUCUUCGAGGAUGCCGAGAUGAGCGACAAUGUCUACUCGGACGAAGAGCGAGACAUUGAAGAGACUGAAAAGCGAGAAACCAUCAAGCCAAACGAAUACACGCUCCCUCCGCUGAACCUAGACAAAGUAGACACCACCCGAAAUGAGAAGCGUGGUAGUAAAACCGCAAAGCGAAACAGCCAGAGCAACACCAAAUGA